AUGAUCAUAAAUUCGCUGAACCAAGCAACAAACACCCUCCGAAUUACGCCUACUCACCCCUCCGACAUCCAUAUUCUCUUCCAAAAUCUGUGCACAUCCCAUACAAUUACGAUGUCCACCACCCGCAAGGUAGAAAUCAACGACCAAAAAAAGCGCGUAUCCAUAAAUCUUACGAUUCGCGUGUGCACCGUAACCAUUGACCUUGAAAACAGCUCGUUGUGCGUGAGAGGACAGAUUGCGAGAGAGGCUGAGAAUGUGCGGAUGGGCUCUUACCAUAACAUGAAUAUCGGACUGAAUGAUUGCUUUAGUUUGGAAGUGGGCAGCGAUCUAUGGCAGAUGGUUGAUCGAUUGGUGUGCGAUAUUGUUGUUUUUAUGGUGGUUAUCAUGCGAAAUGGAAGGUUUGAGAUUGGCGUUGUUGAUGAGUAUGGUGUUGAGUGCAAGGGGACGUACAAAAAAAAGGAUUUUACAAAAUUUAUGAAAGAAAGGUGCACGAAUGGUGCACAAAAGGACGGUGAAUGUGAUAAAAUGGAGAUGAAGCAAGCGAGCAGACGGCACAGAGGCAAAAAACCUAGCGGUGAUACGCACCGUUCUAUCACAAACAACUACCGGGUGAAAUACAUUGUUUGUAAUUUCGAUGUUUCGCUGUUGGUCAGCACCAACAUACCCGCACACACUAUCAAUAUAUCGAAGGAACACGAAAAACUUCCUUUCAAGGCACUGGUCGAGAACAUUCUGUCUAGUUUGACUAAUACAGCGAUUCCAUUCAUCAAAGAUCUUAUGGCGGCAAACCGGUUCCUAAGAAUGUAUGAGCAGGCCGAUGAUCUGAUAGCGCUGGGCGUCAAGGAUGUUCUUUCUGCCAUCGAGUUCUCAGCGAUUGAGACCAUGAUUGUAACAGUCGGGUUGUACUGUUCUUAUGAUGUGGAGGAGAGAGAAAGGAUCAGGAAAAUGGUUGAGAUGGUUGGGAAAGCAAAAAAAGUAGUUAUUGUUAGCGAUGGACAUGCCUGCGGUAAGAAACUGAAUGAUAUUGGUGGAAUUGGUGCCAUUUUAAAAUACAACUACAAAGAAAAUAUGUGAGAAAAAGCUUUCUCUUCAGAGAUUCUCCACAUUUAUCGUGUACAAUCCCGAAAUGUGAUGCAAUAUGCACGCAGAAGCUUUCAUGUCUUGUGUGAUGACAAGGAACUGUCCAUCUGUAUGUGACACUAUGGAUAGAAAGGUUCUGAGCUUCAAAUUUUUUUGAAGCUGGUAGCUCAGUAGGUAUUAGCGCUUUGCAGCGAGUAAUUGUUCGAUUGGUAAAAAUUUUUCAUAAGAUCAAGAAUGCCUUCGUCAACAUGAUAUGAGAGGUAAAUAAACGUGUUUUUGUCCUCAAAGGUAAAGAUAGAUGGUAGUUGACAGCAACUAUCAAAUCACGGAUAACUGUCCA